CCCAUCGAGCAGAUCUGGCUGGCGCUUAAUAUCAUCUACAACUUGUAUUUUCAUCCACUUGCCGGAGUGCCCGGUCCCAGAAGCUGGGGAGCACUUCGACUCCGAUACGUCUGGGCACUUGUGAGCGGGACCAUCGUUCACGAUUUUGAAAAACUUCAUCAUAGAUAUGGGCCGGUUGUUCGCGUUGCCCCAAGCGAGUUAUCUUUCACAACACCCGAUGCUUGGACCGACAUUCUUCAGCCAGGUCGCACACCGCCAUUACCCAAAGAUGGUCGGUGGUCUAUUCCUGGCUUAAAAGCCCAAGGGAUCGUCAACAUUGUUGACCUUGAUCUCCAUGGCCGAGUUCGAAGGUUGAUUGCACCAGCAUUUACCACGUCGGCGCUACGAGGUCAAGAGCCCAUCCUACAACAAUACAUCACAUUGUUGAUGGAUCGGCUUCGAGACCUUGUCACAACCGAAAAAAACGGCGCAAAGGGCGUUGAGAUUGAUGUCGUUCCGUGGUUCAACUUCGUCACCUUUGAUAUGCUGGGUGAUCUGGCAUUUGGAGAAUCAUUCGAUUGUCUGCACACAUCGCGGUAUCAUUCCUGGAUUGAGCUCCUAACAAACACACCAAAAGCAGGAGCAUUUGCUGCUGCUGCCCUGUUUUAUCCUCUUUUCGCAUCGGCACUCAAGUAUCUCAUUCCGGCAUCGCUGAAGAACAAGGUUCUUGAUCACGUCCGAGUCGUUUCAGAGAAAGUUGAGCGUCGACUGAACCUGGAGUCCACACGAUCUGACAUCAUGUCCCACGUGAUCAACCAGAUAGAAAGUGAUGGCCUGGAGGGACUUACCAUGGAUCACGUCAACGCAACGUUUAUGGUGCUCACGAUUGCUGGUAGUGAGACCGUCGCAACCACCUUGUGCGGGAUUGUGAAUUAUCUUGCUCAGAAUCCUAGCAAGCUUUCUAUCCUCACACACGAGAUUCGCAGCCAUUUCUCAAACCCACACGAGAUGACUUUGGAGAGAUUGAAAGGCAUGCUCUAUCUUAAUGCCGUGAUCGACGAGGGGUUGCGCCUGUGUCCGCCAGUUCCUUGGCUUCCACCCAGAGUGGCGGCUAAUGGGGGCUCAGUUGUUUGUGGGAUACCACUACCUGGGCGUGUAAGUAAACUGCCGAGAGUGUGUAAGCCCUUUCGUUGCUAA